GUCUCCAUCUGGGUGGAUUAGACUCCUGUUAUCCUCUUAGCUCUAAAUGUCACCCCUUUUCGGCUCUCCUCUGCCAUUUCGCAAACUUCUAAAUCACAAGACGAAUGACAAGAAGAAGAGCGUCGCGCAUAAAAUUAGUACCCACUCGGAAUUCCGGAUAGUGUUUUUUUUACGUUUACGCAGGACACUUGUCUCCAUGUGCGCGUCGACAAUGGCACAGUAGCGCGUGCUGCAUUCAACUGAUCUCAACAGCUUGCAAUCUUAUCCGUGUCAAACCUCAGUUGCCUUCCAAACAUAAUUUCCUUUUCGUUUGCGUUCUUUGAGAGCAGGUUGUGAGGAACUAUAGUUGUCUUUGUCAUCAGAAACUUUGAUCAGUUGCGUCUCUCGUCCGUCCUUAUAAUUAGGCGCAAGGAGUUUUUAUUUUGCAUGUAGCCUAAAAUGACCAUUUGACAUUUUUAACUUUAGACGAAGAUAUGGAGUUAACCAGUAAAGACAGGAGCGUUUUAUAUAUAUUGUUUUUUUCAAUAUGGAUGAUCAACGUUUCUUUUUCUGCGAAAAGGACCAACGUUCGAAGAUCGGAGCGCCUCAGCCCUCCAUUGGACAUCCAGUUGGAGACGGUGAACUGCACAGCCUUCAGUGUGCGAUGGAAGAUGCCCCGGCGUCAUGUUAGCACCAUCACAGGCUACAAGGUGUUCUACACAGAGAUGAGGAACAGUCGGCCAGUGAGUACUGCCGUGACACUGGAGGUGCCUCUCAGUCUGGACAUGCUGACCACCGGGCAGUUGGAUGGACAAGCAAGUUUUGAUGUGGACAUUGGUAACCUUAAAGUUGCCACCCAGUACAGAGUUAGUGUUGGUGCGUAUGGAUGGGCAGGCGAGGGCCGACCUAGCAUGCCUAGGGAUGUCAGUACUUCUUCACAAGAGAUGUGUAUGCCCCCGUCACCCCCCACUCAGCCCACUGUCAUGGCCGUAUCAGACACAGAGCUCGCGUUGUCGUGGACACAGGGUGAGAGCGAGGGAAGUGCACCAGUUCUACACUUCCUCGUUGCCUACAUCAGGCCUGAGUUGGACACAGAGUGGACCUACAUCAGGGAGCCCAUCGAGGCCAACUCCAUGGUACUGAAAGGGUUAAGCCCCGACACGGAAUUCCAGUUUGUGGUUCGAGCCGCCAACAUCCACGGAGUGAGCCCUCCCAGCGCCAUCAACAACCCCAUCCGCACCCCUGGCACAGCAGAGGUUGGCAGCAGCGGCUAUGGCCAGCGCUACAUCACAAACGCCAACAUCAAAGAUGAAGACGGAUUUGACAUAGAUGACUCUGACUACGAUGUCUUCAUUGAGGAGCUGAAGCCGUUCCCUGCCAUUCCCAACGGUGACAACCAGAGAUCACAGCUCCGCUCCCGGUCUGGUACGCCAUCCUCUCAGCCAGGCGGGAACGUCAUCUACAGGAUGGGCACGGCCACGCCCAACGCCACCCUCCUCCCCCCCCCUCCUCUGACCCAGAGCUGGGCUCCCCCACUUACCCCCGUCACCCCAGAGCUGGUCACCAUCAGCCCCACAACCGACAGGUCUUCCCCUUCCCCCAGCCCCACCACACCCUCGACGCCCCCCAUGACCCAGUGGAUGGGCCCCGUGCCCAGGCUCUACGACCUAGCCUGUGAGGACACGGUGUGCCCCCCCGACAGCUUCUGCCUCAGUGACUACGAUAGCGGAGGCUCCCGUUGCCACUGCAACCUGGGCCGUAGUGGAGACAUCUGCUCCUAUGGAGUGACGGUGCAGUUCCCAAGGUUCUAUGGGCACUCCCACAUGACCUUUGAACCUCUGAAGAACUCUUACCAGACCUUUCAGAUGACCCUUGAAUUCAAGGCAGACUUGGAGGAUGGCUUGUUGCUGUACUGUGGGGAGAAUGAACAUGGCCGUGGAGAUUUCACCUCUCUGGCUCUUGUACGAGGCAAGCUGCAUUACAGGUUUAACUGUGGCACGGGGGCAGCUCAGAUAGUCAGUGAGACUCGUAUGGUGCCAGGACAGUGGCACACGGUCACCGUAUUCAGGGACGGCGUGAGUGGCUGGCUGAGAAUGGACAACGACACGCCCGUUUCAGGACGCUCACAGGGACAGUACACCAAGAUCACAUUCCGAAGCCCGUUGUACGUGGGAGGGGCGCCCACUGCCUAUUGGUUGGUCAGGGCCACAGGGAGCAACCGGGGCUUCCAGGGCUGCAUCCAGAGCCUGACCAUCAACAACAAGGCCACGGAUCUCAGACCCUGGCCCCUAGGCAGCGCACUGAGCGGGGCAGACAUCGGUGAGUGUAGUGACAGUGUGUGUGAGAUGGUGACAUGCGCCAACAGAGGGAUCUGCUUUGCCAACCGAGCGGACGGGUACAUCUGUCUGUGCCCUCUGGGCUUCAGAGGCACGCUCUGUGAAGAGAGUUUCCUGCUGUCUCUGCCGCUCUUCAACGAGACCAUGUUUUCGUACGCCAGCGCCCCUUGGCCCCAGUCCCUCCUCAGUUACCUGUCCUUCAUGGAGUUUGAGAUCACCUUCCAGCCGACCAGUCCUGACGGCACGCUGCUCUACAGCGACGACGCCGGCAGCCGGGACUUCCUGUCUAUCAACCUGGUGGAAGGAUACGUGGAGUUCCGUUUUGACUGUGGCUCGGGAGGGUCCGUCAUUAGGAGUGAGGAGCAGGUCAGUAUAGGCACAUGGCAUGAGCUGCGGGUCUCUCGUACAGCCAAGAGUGGCAUCCUGCAAGUGGACAACCAGAGGCCCAUGGAGGGCAUAGCUGAGGGAGCCUUCACUCAGAUCAAGUGCAGCUCUCCUCUGUACAUCGGCGGAGUUCCACAAUACGACAAAACCAAGAGCGCCGCGGCCGUGCGCCGCCCCUUCAGCGGCACCAUCCAGAAGCUGGUUCUGAAUGACCGCAGCAUCCUGCUGACCAAGGACUUUGCUCUGGGGGUGAACGUGGAGAACGCAGCCCACCCAUGUGUGGAGAGUCCCUGUGCCAACGGCGGCACCUGCAGGCCGAAAUGGGACCGCUACGAGUGUGACUGCCCUCUCGGCUACGAUGGCCGGCACUGCCAGAAGGAGUGUGGGAAUUACUGUUUAAACACUUUCACAGAGGCCAUUGAGAUUCCACAAUUCAUUGGCCGCAGUUACCUCACCUACGACAAUCCUGAAAUCCUGAAAAGGGUUUCGGGCGUCAGGACCAACAUGUUCAUGCGCUUUAAGAGCACGGCGAAGGAUGGUCUGUUGCUAUGGCGAGGCGACAGCCAAGUGAGGCCCAACAGUGACUUCCUGUCUCUCGGACUGCAGGAUGGAGCGCUCAUCUUUAGCUAUAACCUGGGAAGUGGUGUGGCCAAUGUGAUCGUCAAUGGAACCUUCAGCGAUGGAAGGUGGCACAGAGUAAAGGCUGUCAGGGAUGGCCAGUCUGGGAAGCUGACAGUAGAUGACUAUGGGGCCAAGACUGGCAGGUCACCUGGGAAGAUGAGACAGCUGAACGUCAACGGGGUCCUGUAUGUUGGGGGGAUGAAGGAGAUUGCUCUGCACACUAACCGGCAGUACAGUGGAGGUCUGGUGGGCUGUGUCUCCCACUUCACCCUGUCCACCGACUAUCACCUCUCCCUAGUGGAGGACGCUGCCGAUGGCAAGAACAUCAACACUUGUACCAACUAAAAGUCCUGUGUGUCCAGGGGGCUUUCUGUCCACUCGGCAGCAAGACACGUUCACCAAAGGACCCAACGAGACUGGAGUGGAGAGACCUCGCUAGCACUUCCUGAAAUUUAGGGUUGCAACUUCAACUUCCGAAGGACAAUUUCAUGGGAUGGUUUCGACGAUAUCCAUUUUUUUUCUACAUCCUUAUUGAAUGAUUUCGAGAACCAAAAUAUUUAGUAAUAAAUGAUGUUUUUCAUUAAGUGACAAAACAUGAUGUUUGUAGAAAAAGUACCUUUUUUUAGAUGUAUUUUUUAAGUCUGCUCUUGACACAGGGAGUCAUGUUAUUGUGAUUGUUGUGUUGUGGUGUCUGUAUCAACCAGUCCAUAGACUACACAGUGUUUUUGACUUCAAUUCAUGUGAGUUGUUUGCAGGUUGCUAGUGUUGGAAGGCACAGGAGGUUGGUGACACCGUAAUUAGGGAGGACGGUCUCAUGGUAAUGACUGGAGCGGAAUCAGUGGAAUGGUAUCAAAUACAUCAAACACAUGGUUUUCCUCUUUGAAUAUCCAUGUCACUCUGCUUUUUCUCUUUCACAAAGAAAUAUGGACACUAUCAUUAUUGCACUAUCAUAAAAAUAAUAAUUAAGUCCCCAUCUGACCGUAUAAGUCAGCGUUUCCCAAACUCGGUUCUUGGGAUCCCAAGAGGUGCACGUUUUGGUUUUUGCCCUAACACUA